AGACCUGCCCCCCCCCUCGACUCGGGAGCGCCCCCCCGGCUGUAAGACGGUGUUUGUGGGGGGGCUGCCGGAGAACGCCACCGAGGAGAUCAUCAGGGAGGUGUUCGAACAAUGCGGAGAGAUCAUCGCCCUCCGCAAGAGCAAGAAGAACUUCUGCCACAUCCGCUUCAGCGAGGAGUUCAUGGUGGACAAGUCCCUCUACCUGUCAGGGUACCGGAUGCGGAUCGGGUCCAGCUCUGAGAAGAAGGACUCGGGCCGGAUCCACGUGGACUUCGCCCAGGCCCGGGACGACCUAUACGAGUGGGAGUGUAAGCAGCGCUCCUUCGCCCGCGAGGAGCGCCAUCGCCGCCGGGUCCACGAGGCCCGCCUGCACCCCCCGUCGCCUCCUCCCAUAGUGCACUUCUCUGAGCACGAGUCGGCCAUGUUGGCGGAGAAACUGAAAG